GGUGCACACCGAGCUGGCCUAGCCAAGGUAAUUCCACCAAAAGGAUGGAAAGCCAGACAGACGUACAAUGAUAUCGAUGACAUCUUAAUAGCCGCUCCCCUCCAGCAGGUGACCACUGGGCAGGCAGGUGUGUUUACUCAGCACCACAAAAAGAAGAAAGCCAUGACCGUGAGAGAGUAUCGCCGCUUAACAAACAGUGAAAGACACCAGACUCCAUUCUACUCUGAUUUUGAGAAUCUGGAGCGAAAAUAUUGGAAAACACGCCCCUUUGAUUCACCAGUAUACGGUGGGGACGUCAGUGGCUCCUUAUUCGAUGAAAACACGAAGCAGUGGAACCUUGGACACCUGGGAACCAUUCAGGACCUGCUGGAACAGGAGUGCGGAGUGGUCAUCGAAGGCGUCAACACCCCCUACCUGUACUUCGUGUGGAAGACCGCCUUUGCCUGGCACACGGAGGACAUGGACCUUUAGCUGCACUUCGGGGAGCCCAAGACUUGGUACGCGGUGCCCCCGGAGUACGGCCGGCGCCUGGAAAGCCUGGCCAGGGAGCUUUUCCCGGGCAGCUCACGGGGCUGUGAGGCCUUCCUGCGGCACAAGGUGGCUCUCAUCUCGCCCACGGUCCUCAAUAACAACAGCAUCCCCUUCGGUCGGGUCACUCAGGAGGCUGGAGAGUUCAUGGUGACGUUUCCCUAUGGCUACCACUCUGGCUUCAACUGCGCGGAAGCCAUCAAUUUUGCCACCCAGCGCUGGAUCGAUUAUGGCAAAGUGGCCUGGGAAUAGGGCUCUGCAUGACCUUUGGAAAGAUCUUCAUCAGAAUAAGGGAGAUUUCAGGUAAGCACCCUUAGGAUAUUAAAAAUGGGUGGUUGGGUGGGGACUCUAAAAGGGACCUAUAAUUACCAGCUGCAAAGGAAGUUGGAUGUUAGAAUAG